AUGAUACUCCUAAUUUUUCUAUUCCCACUAAUUUUUUGCUGUCCUGAAUCUAGUGUUUCAGAUGACAAAAUCACCUUGGAGAAGGAUUGCGAAGUUUCGGUAGGCGAGGAUUAGAAGAAUCCGAGGGGUCAUCUACAGUAAUGAUAAGCUAGAUUUUUAGUAUGAAACUCACUUUACUCCAAACCCAACCAUUUUUGCGAAUCAAUAAAACUCGAAAUGCUUAAUUUCUCUUGGAUAUUUCACGUGAACGUGCCAAAAAAUUAAAUAUUUCAUUUUUAUUUAUUUUGUAGAUAACCAUCCCGGAUACUGUAGAAUUAUUGUCACAAAAAUCCUUUUUUUCAAAGAUCCAACCGUCUUCUGAAUCUGCCAUUCAACUGAAACUUCCCUGCAAUAAUGAAAUAAAAAUAUGGCUCCUCGCGGAAGAUCAAUCCAUUUUUCACUCGAUUUUCAACGAGACUUGCACCAGAACAGAACUACAUACCCAAACGUGGACAGCUCCCAAAAAAACAGGCGUCAAGCUUGUUCUCAUCUCCGAAAACUCUAUACAAAUACCUUUGAUCCAUAUCCACGAUCAAAAUAUUUGUAGCUAUCCCAUAGUUCGGCUAACUACAAAUUUUACCCAAAUUCAGGAAGAUGUAUUUUUCAGCGAUUAUCAAAGUUGUGUAUACAGAUUGAUUCCAUCUGAAGAAAUACGCAAAACGUUUAACAGAGUGCAUAUCGCUUUCAAUGGUUUAACGACAAAUUAUGAGAUGAGAAGAGGUGUUUUGAAUUUUGCAUUUAAUGGACAACAAGAUUUUCUACUCGAAGAAUUCGAUAUCGCUCUCGAUGCUCUUACUCAACCUCCAAAUACCACAGCAACUCUGAAAUUCGAUAAAUGUCAGAACGGCUUGAAAAUCUUGGAGAUUCCAAAGGAAAACUUGACUACAAGUGUUAUUAUGGAACCAGAUUGGGUUGAUAAAUGUCAACAUAUGAAAAGUAUUUAUGAGUUGAAGUUUUUGGAUUUGGCGAAUGAUGAGAUUGUGGUUUUUAAGACGGAUUUGCAAUGGCAGAAAAGAACAUACAGUAAUGAAGUGACGUUUAAAUUGAGUGAUUUGGAUGGAAGAUUAUUGAUGAAGUAAGUCGAAUUCUGAAAAUAGACCAAAACUGAAAGGAAGAGCUCAUAAGUUUAUUUUUGCAGCGGAUGAUCAGAUUGAUAAAGUUUUUAAUAAAUUCUAAAACUUGUUCAUAAUGUUGAAAAAUAGGCCUAGAAGUUGUGAGAUUCAUUUCCAACCAUUUGAACCCCAUACAAAAACCCUGCCAGCGUUUUCUCUAGAAACACCAAAAAACAAUUUUCAGCAAUUCUCAUCAUCUCAACAUCGCUGCUUUUAAAACAAAAGGCCUUCGUGUCGAAUUCUAUACGAUCAACAACUACGAAACUGUAACCAUUGACUUCAUACGGCUUAAAAUUGAUCACAAAUGUCGUCGUGAUUUAUUCGGCUCGGAAACUAUCACACGAGAAGGUCGCUAUUGGACUGUCAUACCCAAACAUUGCCGAAACGUAUUUAUACAUUGGCGCUUCCAAAAUACUCAUCAACAUUUGGGAUUAACACAUAUCAAUUUACACGUCAAAGUUGAAAAUGCGGGAGAUGGUGAUUUAUUGGAAAGUGAUCAUUUGAGUUAUGAGAAUGAAGAAAGCGAAGAAUUGGCCAAGGAUUUUGAAAUUCAAAGAGUUUUCAGCACUGUAAAAGAUAGUCUUGAGUUUGCGUUUAUAAGAUUCAAUCAAAGUGAAUUCAAUAAUAAUGACACGGAAAUUAUGAUUUCGUGGAAUUUCAAUACUGGUAAGUAUUCUGAUAUUUUGAAGACUCAAAAAAUUAGAAGAGCUGGAAGAACUUUCAUGGAAUUUCAAUUUCCGGGAUUGAUAAUACAGACCUUUGCCUAUAGUAUUUGUUUUUUUCUGAAUUUUUCGAAAUGAUUUUUUUCAGGCUAUGACUGUCCAGUAGAGAAUAAUUACACAAUUCCAAUUUCCACCUCAAUGAAUCUAACAAGUCCAAAUUAUCCUAAUAGCUUUACUACAAAUAUGAAUUGUGAUACUUAUAUUCAAACUAAUGACAAGUUUGUUGAUUGAUUAAUGUCUUACCUAAUUAAUUUAUGUUUCAGCGGAGUUCUGGAGAUUAAAAUCAAUAAGCUAUACAUAGUCAACGGUGAACUUAAAGUUAUUGAAGAAAAAUUCGAAAAUACUACGAUUUUGGAUGGUCCCCAAACAAAAUUGGUAUUUGGUCCAAGAAUUCAACUAAACUUCCAAUCUUCUGAUGAACAUCCUGGAUUAAAAGAAAAAUAUCAUAUUACCAUAACUUCUAGGCUAAAUGAUUCAAUACCCACUCAGACUCCCACUACCCGAAUUCCAACCACCCAGAUUCCCACCACAUCCCAAAUUUCCACCACUACAGAAACACCCGCAGAAUCUGCUCAUUCACACACUUUUAUCAUUAUCUCGUUCCUAUUUUUCGCCAUUUUGCUAGUCGUUUUUGGAUUUUUGUAUCAACAGCGGAAUUUGAAACGGGCUCAGAGACGUAUGAGAUUUACAGCUGAGUGAGUUGGCUUAACUUGGGUUCGAGAAAAAUCGUGUUUUUUUCAGCGCUCCGAACAGUCGAUUGGACUUUUUCCGAUAA